AUGGUUCCGUCAAGGCUGCAAUUACAAAAUCAAGCGCAAAGAUCCAAUGAAACCUUUAAAGAGUAUGCUCAACGUUGGCGCGAGAUGGUGUCCAGGGUUCGACCAACAUUUUCAGAUAAUGAACUUAUGGAUAUCUUCAUGGGUACGCUCCAAGGGCUGUAUUAUGAGAAGAUGAUUGGGAGUUUUCCUACAAACUUUGCAUAUCUGGUAACUAUCGGCGAACGUGUAGAGAAUGGGAUGAAAUCAGGAAAGAUCAUAGAUACAAUCGCUCCGCAAGCAACGAACAAGAGGUCGCAUGGGGGCUUUGCAAAAAAGAAAGAGUGGGAGACAAAUGCAAUGACGACAAGUCUCCACCCCCAGUAUCAGUUUCUGAUGGCCCCUAUGCCAUAUUAUCCUUAUCUGUAUGUCGCCGCUGCUCAAUAUCAACAACCUCCAUGUCAAUACCAACCGCAGAAAAGGGAUACUGUACCAAAAGAAAUCCAUGUAGCCUCUCCUUCAUUUCGGCCUAAGCACGAUCCUAAUGCCUCGUGUGCUUACCACGCCGGGUAUAUAGGGCACUCCACUGAAGACUGUUGGGCCCUCAAAUACAAGGUACAAGACUUGAUUAAUCAGGAGAUCCUAUAUUUCUCUGAGGAAAAACCCAAUGUGAAAAUAAAUCCCCUGCCAAAUCAUGGCGGUUCAGCAGUCAACGUCGUGAUCGAAGAGGAAACAACUGAAUCCAUACCGAGGGCCGACGAUGUAAAGACUCCGCUGUCAGUUGUGUUGAAGAGACUUGAACAGUUUGGGUUUCUAGUAGGCAUACAUGAUGAUUGCGCAGUAUGUGAGUAUGAUCCAGACAAUUGCAACGAGUUAAGUGGUUGUGUACAAGAGCUGAUGGAUCAGGGGUUGAUACAAUUCUCCAAGACCAGGGCAGUAGAAGAAGUUGCAGUAAUCGAACCAAUAACUAUUGUAUAUAGGAAAAAGAAGGUCGAGGCUCCUCCCAAGAGGAUUCAACCAAUUCAUUUCCGUGUUCCCAGUCCAUUUCCGUAUCAGAGUACCAAGGUUGUGCCUUAG